GCAAGUAAUAAAACGUUUCAUUUGUAGCAUUUAUGCUGCGGCUUAAGAGUAAUAUACAUUGGGGGCAAAAAAAUUACCCACCUUUUUUAAAAAAAACGACGCCAUUUUGACAUAUGAACGGAGAAAAAGUGAGUUAAAAAAUUGAGGAGAAAGGUACUUUCACUGAGAAGGAUUAAGCAUGCCGUUGAAGAACCACAUUUUGUGUCAAAUUGAAGGAACAGAGCGUUGUGCCGUUCGUCUGUUCGCCAAACUGGCACAAUUUUUUACUUAAAAAAAGAAAAAAAACAGAAAAGGGGGUAAUUAGCAAUUCGCCAGUUGCAUACAUUUAUUUACCCGUCCUUUUGGAGAAAAGAAAAAAGGAGCUCUCAUUUUUGAAAACUCUCAUUUGAAGAAUUAUCAUUCUGCCUCAUCGUCAUUGCAGAAAAUGAGUGAACAGAGAGAAGAGGAAAGUAAAGAAAAAGAAGUGGUCCAGGAUGUUGAAGCGAAGGAGGAGGGGAAAGAAUCAGGUACGCCACUAAAUGGAGACUCAAGUGAUUCUAAGAAAAGGAAGGAAGGUGCGGAGGAUUAUAGGCAGGCCGUGGUGAAGAAGCGUGCCCUGCCUGGUGAGGAUGAUGGUGCGCAGGUGAGUACGCAGGCGAGUGCGCAGGCAGAUGGUGCCGUCGAGGUGCGAGUGGAGGAGAAAGAAGAAGAGAAUGAUGAGGGGGAUGAGGAAGAUGAAGAAGAAGAAGACGUUGAUGAUGAUGAUGAAAAUGAUGACGAUGAGGAGGAGGAAGAUGAAGAAGAAGAAGACGUUGAUGAUGAUGAUGAAAAUGAUGACGAUGAGGAGGAGGAAGAUGAUGAGGAUGAGGAGGAUGAAGAUGAAGAUGAUGAUGAUGAAAAUAAUGAUGAGGAGGAAGACGAAGGAGAUGAUGAUGAUGAUGAUGAUGACGAGGGAGAGGACGAACGAGACGCACUCGAGGACGGCGCGGAUGAAGACCCCUACUUGCUGAAAGACGCAACGUACAUCCAAAAAAACGAGCUCUGGAGAAACCGGCAGAGAGUCCUGAUCGUGAGGUCGCCGCUAAAAAAAAAGAACUGCAAAUCGUUCGUCGAAAAUUUAAAGCUGUUGCUGCCGCAUCAUAAGACGGAAAGCAAGUGGAACAAAAAGGCCAAAAAAACUGACCUGUGCGACAUAAGCUACAGCAGAAAUUGUAAUAACAUUAUCUUUUUUGAUAUAAAAAAAAAAAGAUAUUGUUUGUGGAUUUGUAAAAAUAAAACAGGGCCUUCCCUAUAUUUUGAGAUUUUGGAUUAUAUCCCCCUGCACAGUUUACUCUUUUCGGGGAACUGCUUACUUUAUUCCAGGCCGCUUUUAAUUUUUAGCAAGCCAUUUGACGAAUUGGAGCACCUGAAAUUGAUUAAAGAGGUUUUCAUUCAAGUGUUCGGGACGCCUAACUACCACCCGCUCAGCAAGCCCUUCUACGAUCACUGCUACAGUUUUGUACAUGUAAAUAAUUUGAUUUAUUUUAGGCAUUACCAAAUUAUGCCCAUAACUUUAGCAGACUCUAACAAUGUUAAUAAGCAGAAGUUGGUGGAAAUUGGCCCCAAGUUUACUCUACAUAUUAUUCGUAUCUUUGAGGAAUGUUUCAGAGGGAGGGUUUUGUAUGAAAAUGUAAAGUACAAGAAUUAUGUUUCCCCGCAGCAGAUGCGGAUGGAAAAGAAUGUGCAUAAGAAAAUGGAAAAUUUAAAAAAGAAGAAGAAGCUGUUUAAGAGGAUGAAGUCUAUCCGGACCCCCAUUAAGAUGGACAUAGACUUUUAG